AUGCCUCAGGAGUUUGACAAGUAAGUCGUGUACUGUGCUGCUUGCCGAAGUUAUUAUGCCUGUUAUCUUUGGCCCUCUUGUUGACCUAAUAUCCCACAAGGAAUUUAUUUUGCCUAAUUGAUGUACAUAUUACGUCAAUUUACCUCGACGAACCUGUACCCCCGCGCAUUGACUCCGUACCGGUACCCCCUCUAUGUAGCCUCGUUAUUACCUGGACGAACCUGUACCCCCGCGCAUUGACUCGGUACCGGUAUCCCCUCUAUGUAGCCUCGUUAUUGUUAUUUUAUUGUGUUACUUUUUCUUACUUUAGUUUAUUUAAUAUAAAAAAUUAAAAACAUUGUAAGUAAGCAUUUCUGUAAGGUCUACACCUCUUGUAUUCGGUGCAUUUGACAAAUAUAAUGUGAUUUGAUUUGAUUAACACAUUGGUGACACAUUUCUACAACCACCAACAGUAGCAGCAGUAAAUAUUCGCAGAUUAUGGCAGGUCUAACUUCUGUGGCUAUUAUGGUAACAUAACUUGUGGUGGAAUACUUGAAAUGAUGUGUCAGCUAUAUAGUCUGCCUGCUGUCUAGCAUCUUUGACUCAGAGAAAAAUAUUUUAGGAAUGAAAUGCAUCAUUAUUAUUGAUAAAUAUUGUGAAAGGCUAUAUUUUGUGAGAAAAAUUAAUACAUUCAUUCAUUGCUGUAGUUUAACAUAUGCUGCAGCUCAAUCAACAUGAUCAUUAUCUGUGACUAGCAAAUGAUCAGAGGGAUACCAUCAACAGUGUCAGGGAGGCAGGAGCUGCUUGAUGUAAGCUUGGUGAGAAACAGCCUUGGGCAGAGCUCACAGCAACAGUAGUGGCUUGGCAGACAUUGUGGUGAAUGCCCUUUAAUGACGUAAUAAACAUGUUCUCCCACUGUUUCCCAUUGUGUUGGUUCCAAGAGUGUGAAUAUAUAUGGGUGUGUCCUAGAGUAAGCAUCUGGUAAUGUCGUUGUAUUGUGUCCUACUGGUUGAAGUGUCCUGGGGUAAGGAAUACUUUUUGGGGAUUGUCCCACAGUAGGCGUCUGGUGAUGGUGGUGCCCAACGAGAUGUCUGCCCCGUCCCGGAGGUCCUUCAGCAGUGAGGACGAGGCAUGGAAGACCUACCCGGAGAACCCUCUGACUGCAGCUACCAAGGCCAUGAUGAGCAUCAAUGGAGACGAGGACAGUGCCACCAAUCUUGGACUGCUCUAUGAUUAUUAUAAGGUGAGAGGUCAGGGGUUAGACUGCUCUAUGAUUAUUAUAAGGUGAGAGGUCAGGGGUUAGACUGCUCUAUGAUUUAUAGUGAGAGUCAGGUUAACUGCUCUAUGAUUAUUAUAGGUGAAGUCAGGGGUAGACUGCUCUAUGAUUAUAAGUGAGAGGUCAGGGGUUAGACUGCUCUGAUUAUUAUAGGUGAGAGCAAGUUAGACUGCUCUACGACCACAAUAAGGUGAGUCAGGGGUUGGAGUUAGAUGCUCUACGACCACUAUAAGGUGAGAGGUUAGCUUAGACUGUCUACACCACUAUAGUGAGAGUCAUGGGUUAGACUGUUACACCAUAUGUGAAGUCAGGGGUUAGACUGCUACGACCACUAUAGGUGAGAGUCAGGGUUAGACUGCUCUACGACACUAUAAGGUUGAAGGUCGGGGUUAGACUGCUCUAGACAUAUAAGUGAAGUUGGGUAGACUGCUCUCACCACUAUAGUAGAGGUCAGGGUUAGAUGCUUAGACCACAUAAGGUGAGAGUUAGGCCGUUAGACUGCUCUACGACACUAUAAGGGAGAGGUUAGUGCGUUAGACUGCUCUAGACCACUUAGGUGAGAGGUUAGGCGUUAGACUGCUCUACACCACUAUAGGUGAGGUCCAGGGUAGACUGCUCUACGACCACUAUAAGGUGAGAGGUCAGGGUUAGAUGCCUACGACCACUAUAGGUGGAGGUCAGGUUAGACUGCUUACACCACUAUAGGUGAGAGGUCAGGGGUUAGACUGCUCUAGACAUUAUAAGGUGAGAGGUUAGGGGUUAGACUGCUCUACGACAUAUAAGGUGAGAGGUUAGGAGUUAGACUGCUCUAUGACCAUAUAAGGUGAGAGGUCAGGGGUUAGACUGCUCUACGACCACUAUAAGGUGAGAGGUCAGGGGUUAGACUGCUCUACGACACUAUAAGGUGAGAGGUCAAGGGUUAGACUGCUCUACGACCACUAUAAGGUGAGGUAGGGGUUAGACUGCUCUACGACACUAUAAGUGAGAGUCAGGUAGACUGCUCUACGACCACUAUAAGGUGAGAGGUUAGGCGUUAGACUGCUCUACGACCACUAUAAGGUGAGAGGUCAGGGGUUAGACUGCUCUACGACCACUAUAAGGUGAGAGGUCAGGGGUUAGACUGCUCUACGACCACUAUAAGGUGAGAGGUCAGGGGUUAGACUGCUCUACGACCACUAUAAGGUGAGAGGUCAGGGGUUAGACUGCUCUACGACCACUAUAAGGUGAGAGGUUAGGAGUUAGACUGCUCUACGACCACUAUAAGGUGAGAGGUCAGGGUCAGGGUUAGGAGGGUUGUGGUUAGUAGGCCAUGAUGAACCUCAGUAGAGACGAAGACAGCGCUCUAUGACUAAGGUGAGACGGCUGCAGUGGGAGAGGUCAUUAAGGGGGAUUCCUUGUGUUGUACCUUUUCCUUAUGUGCUUUAUUUGCCCCAACCCUAAAACCUGCUGCUAGCCAAGGCUCUGAUAUGAAAUCUGACAGGUCAACGUCAAAGCUAAGUUGAUACUUAUGUUCAGUCAAAUCAUUGUAACGUUUCACACUGUUGAAGUGAGCUAAUAACCCUCCUUGUGAUAAAUGUAUUUAUUUUUUAUUUCACCUUUAGUUAACAGGGUAAACCAGUUGAGAACAAGUUCUCAUUUACCUGUGGUGUGUGAUUAUUCUUCCUAGAUCCCAAGAGACAAGCAACUACUGCCCAGCUCUAAAGCAGCAGAGACAUCAGACCCUGAUACCCAGGGGCACCUGGAGACCCCGGAGAACCACGUUCAGGUGUUAAAGACUGAACCUGUCAACCUGUCUCUGAACAUCCAGCAGCUGGACUGUACAGACAGGCAGGGGUAUGGAGGGGGUGGAGGGGGAGCUGUGGUGAAGACUGAGGCCCAGACGUCUUGCUACAUGGCUCCUGGGGGUCCGUACAGGGGAGCUGGGGAGCAGCAGCAGGUCCGGGUGGUUUAUGAGCAGAACAAUCCCUAUGACCAUGGUUCCCUGUUCAGUCAUGUCAGCCAUGUUGUGAGCCACAGAGGCUACAUGAAUGAGGAACAGAGCCAGAGAAGUUCUCCAGACAGCACCUAUGAUGGCUCCUACCCUGAGGAGCAGGAGGUGAGGCCUGGAGCAGAGUGGUGUGGUGUCUAGAUGUUUUGUUAUUCAUUUGAAUCCAAUCAAUUAUGAUCAACUGGAGCAAAACCUUUUCAGCCAUUACUGUACUGUUGUUCCUGUUUCUGUUGGUUAAUGACACUAUACUCCCAUAUCUCCUGACAUGACUGUACUGUUGUGUAUUCAUCAUACAGAGAUACAGACCAUCACCUUCUAUAGGAGGGGACAAAUCCCUCUACAGUCAGCCUGGAGUGUAAGUUACUGACUGUCUCUUUAACCUCUACAGUCAGCCUGGAGCGUUAGUUACUGACUGUCUCUUUAACCUCUACAGUCAGCCUGGAGCGUUAGUUACUGACUGUCUCUUUAACCUCUACAGUCAGCCUGGAGCGUUAGUUGCUGACUGACUCUCUUUAACCUCUACAGUCAGCCUGGAGCGUUAGUUACUGACUGUCUCUUUAACCUCUACAGUCAGCCUGGAGCGUUAGUUACUGACUGUCUCUUUAACCUCUACAGUCAGCCUGGAGCGUUAGUUACUGACUGACUCUCUUUAACCUCUACAGUCAGCCUGGAGCGUUAGUUACUGACUGACUCUCUUUAACCUCUACAGUCAGCCUGGAGCGUUAGUUACUGACUGACUCUCUUUAACCUCUACAGUCAGUCUGGAGCGUUAGUUACUGACUGACUCUUUUUAACCUCUACAGUCAGCCUGGAGCGUUAGUUACUGACUGACUCUCUUUAACCUCUACAGUCAGCCUGGAGCGUUAGUUACUGACUGUCUCUUUAACCUCUACAGUCAUCCUGGAGCGUUAGUUACUGACUGUCUCUCUUUAACCUCUACAGUCAGCCUGGAGCGUUAGUUACUGACUGUCUCUUUAACCUCUACAGUCAGCCUGGAGCGUUAGUUACUGACUGUCUCUUUAACCUCUACAGUCAUCCUGGAGCGUUAGUUACUGACUGUCUCUCUUUAACCUCUACAGUCAGCCUGGAGCGUUAGUUACUGACUGACUCUCUUUAACCUCUACAGUCAGCCUGGAGCGUUAGUUACUGACUGUCUCUUUAACCUCUACAGUCAGCCUGGAGCGUUAGUUACUGACUGUCUCUUUAACCUCUACAGUCAUCCUGGAGCGUUAGUUACUGACUGUCUCUCUUUAACCUCUACAGUCAGCCUGGAGCGUUAGUUACUGACUGUCUCUUUAACCUCUACAGUCAUCCUGGAGCGUUAGUUACAUUUACAUUUACAUUUUAGUCAUUUAGCAGACGCUCUUAUCCAGAGCGACUUACAUGAGCAAUUAGGGUUAAGUGCCUUGCUCAAGGGCACAUCGACAGAUUUUUCACCUAGUCGGCAGUUACUGACUGUCUCUUUAACCUCUACAGUCAGCCUGGAGCGUUAGUUACUGACACUCUCUUUAACCUCUACAGUCAGUCUAGAGCGUUAGUUACUGACACUCUCUUUAACCUCUACAGUCAGCCUGGAGCGUUAGUUACUGACUGUCUCUUUAACCUCUACAGUCAGCCUGUAGCGUUAGUUACUGAACCUCUGAAUAACCCAGCUCUUGACCACUGCUGCAACCACUACUAUGCUGCUACCACUACUAUACUGCUACCACUUCUAUGCUGCUACCACUACUAUGCUACCACUACUAUGCUGCUACCACUACUAUACUGCUACCACUACUAUACUGCUACCACUACUAUACUGCUACCACUACUAUACUGCUACCACCACUAUACUGCUACCACUACUAUGCUACAACUACCACCACUAUACUGCUACCACUACUAUGCUACAACUACCACUACGAUACUGCUACCACUACUAUGCUGCUACCACUACUAUACUGCUACCACUAUUAUACUGCUACCACUACUAUGCUGCUACCACUACUAUGCUGCUACCACAACUAUACUUCUACCACUACUAUGCUGCUACUACUAUGCUGCUACCACUACUAUGAUGCUACCACUACUAUGCUGCUACCACUACUAUGCUGCUACCACUACUAUGCUGCUACCACUACUAUGCUGCUACCACUACUAUACUGCUACCACUACUAUGCUGCUACCACUACUAUGCUGCUACCACUACUAUACUGCUACCACUACUAUGCUACCACUAUUAUACUGCUACCACUACUAUACUGCUACCACUACUAUGCUGCUACCACUACUAUGCUGCUACCACUACUAUGCUGCUACCACAACUAUACUUCUACCACUACUAUGCUGCUACCACUACUAUGCUGCUACCACUACUAUACUGCUAACACUACUAUGCUGUUACCACUACUAUGCUGCUACCACUACUAUGCUGCUACCACAACUAUACUUCUACCACUACUAUGCUGCUACCACUACUAUGCUGCUACCACUACUAUACUGCUACCACUACUAUGCUGCUACCACUACUAUACUGCUACCACUACUAUGCUGUUACCACUACUAUACUGCUACCACUACUAUGCUGCUACCACUACUAUACUGCUACCACUACUAUGCUGCUACCACUACUAUGCUGCUACCACUACUAUACUGCUACCACUACUAUGCUACCACUACUAUACUGCUACCACUACUAUGCUGCUACCACUACUAUACUGCUACCACUACUAUGCUGCUACCACUACUAUGCUGCUACCACUACUAUACUGCUACCACUACUAUGCUACCACUACUAUGCUGCUACCACUACUAUGCUGCUACCACUACUAUGCUGCUACCACAACUAUACUUCUACCACUACUAUGCUGCUACCACUACUAUACUGCUACCACUACUAUGCUACCACUACUAUGCUGCUACCACUACUAUGCUGCUACCACUACUAUACUGCUACCACUACUAUACUGCUACCACUACUAUACUGCUACCACUACUAUGCUGCUACCACUACUAUGCUGCUACCACUACUAUACUGCUACCACUACUAUGCUACCACUACUAUGCUGCUACCACUACUAUGCUGCUACCACUACUAUACUGCUACCACUACUAUGCUACCACUACUAUGCUGCUACCACUACUAUGCUGCUACCACUACUCUAAUUCAAUUCCAUUUAAUUCAAUAGAACUUUGUCCGUGAAGGGCAGUUUGGUCACGCUCAACACACAUUAGUGUCCUCUUCUCAACAGUGACACGUUCCAGUAUUCUCUAGAGGCACCCAGGUCUGUCCAUCGGAAGCAGAGGGAGGGGCCUAUGACCUACCUGAACAAGGGACAGUUCUACGCCGUGACGCUGCGCAAGAUGGGCGGAGCCAACAAGGGCCAGCACAAUCCAUUCAGCAAAGUGCGGGUGAGUGGGCCGUGGUAAGAGCCAGGGAGGAGCCACAGCUUUGUGCAGGUGAGGGGGAGACAGCUGGAGGAUGGGGGGAGGGAGACAGAUGGAGGAUGGGGGGGGGGGUGCUGUAGAGGAGUAGAGAACACAUUCUGAACUCUACCAAAGUUUCCUGAGACGUUCUAAAGCUGUGAAAAAUAGUUUCUGUUUCUGGGUACUGGGUAUUGAGCUGACCCCUAGCCUGGAUAAUUAUGUACUGGGUAUUGAGCUUAACCCUAGCCUGGACAACGAUGUACUGGGUAUUGAGCUGAACCCUAGCCUGGAUAAUGAUGUACUGGGUAUUGAGCUGAACCCUAGCCUGGAUAAUGAUAAAUAAUGAUGUACUGGAUAUUGAGCUGAACCCUAGCCUGGAUAAUGAUGUACUGGGUAUUGAGCUCAACCCUAGCCUGGAUAAUGAUGUACUGGGUAUUGAGCUCAACCCUAGCCUGGAUAAUGAUAAAUAAUGAUGUACUGGAUAUUGAGCUUAACCCUAGCCUGGAUAAUGAUGUACUGGGUAUUGAGCUGAACCCUAGCCUGGAUAAUGAUAAAUAAUGAUGUACUGGAUAUUGAGCUGAACCCUAGCCUGUAUAAUGAUAAAUAAUGAUGUACUGGAUAUUGAGCUGAACCCUAGCCUGGAUAGUGAUGUACUGGGUAUUGAGCUGAACCCUAGCCUGGAUAAUGAUAAAUAAUGAUGUACUGGAUAUUGAGCUGAACCCUAGCCUGGAUAAUGAUGUACUGGGUAUUGAGCUGAACCCUAGCCUGGAUAAUGAUGUACUGGGUAUUGAGCUGACCCCUAGCCUGGAUAAUGAUGUACUGGGUAUUGAGCUGAACCCUAGCCUGGAUAACGAUGUACUGGGUAUUGAGCUGAACCCUAGCCUGGAUAAUGAUGUACUGGGUAUUGAGCUGAACCCUAGCCUGGAUAAUGAUGUACUGGGUAUUGAGCUGAACCCUAGCCUGGAUAAUGAUGUACUUGGUAUUGAGCUGAACCCUAGCCUGGAUAAUGAUAUACUGGGUAUUGAGCUGAACCCUAGCCUGGAUAAUGCUGUACUGGGUAUUGAGCUGAACCCUGGAUAAUGAUAUACUGGGUAUUGAGCUGAACCCUAGCCUGGAUAAUGCUGUACUGGGUAUUGAGCUGAACCCUAGCCUGGAUAAUGAUGUACUGGGUAUUGAGCUGAACCCUGGAUAAUGAUAUACUGGGUAUUGAGCUGAACCCUAGCCUGGAUAAUGAUAUACUGGGUAUUGAGCUGAACCCUAGCCUGGAUAAUGCUGUACUGGGUAUUGAGCUGAACCCUAGCCUGGAUAAUGAUGUACUGGGUAUUGAGUUGAAUGUGAGCUAAAUGUACUGUAUUCUCUCCAGAGUGUGGUGAUGGUGAUGUUCAGUGAGGACAAGGACAGAGAUCAGCAGCUGAAACACUGGAAGUACUGGCACUCCAGACAACACACCACUAAACAGAGAGUCCUAGACAUCGGUAAGAACAACUAACUGUAGCUAACUAACCCUAACUAACCAACGUACUGGCACUCCAGACAACACACCACUAAACAGAGAGUCCUAGACAUCGGUAAGAACAACAUCCCUUUUCCCACAUUGAUAUGAUCAACCAUGAUAUCAGUGUCCUCCAGGUAAGCCACAGUGUCUUUGAGCCAAAGCCCAGAUAAUGGAAAGACCGUUUUAAUACCACUCCUCUCUCUGUCUGGUCUCCUGUUACGGAAACACACUGCGACUCAUAACCAGUCUACAGAUCCAUGGAAAAACAGAUGGGGAAUACAGCGGGGCAGUGACAGACUCUAGCGAGGGAAGAAUCAGUUAGAUUUGAGGUCGACUGCCCCAGGUACCCAAGAUAUUAGGACUAGAGACCCCCAGAGCAGGUUGUAGACCUGGGAGAUGAGAGGAGAGCCCUCCCAUUACUGGUAGUGAAACCUGACACAGGGCAGUGAUUAGAAUAACGGUCUGGCACGAUUCCACCUGAGGCCCGGGGCGAUGUCACUGCAUCAGGGAUUUGAAUAGAGCUGUUAGCAUGAAACGUGGGGGAGGGGGGGACUUGUCUCAACUUGUGGGAUGGAGUAAACUGUGGGUAAAUAGGCCGUUUAGUUUAUCUUCCUCAUGUCCUUGUCCAUGCACAUAAUUAUAUUUUGUAUUCCUAAAAACUGUUGGUGCUGUGCUUUGUGGAUUUGCCAACUAAAUCCUUAUAAUCUGAUUCAGCUCAAAAGAUGUUGCAGAUUUUGAAAUAGUGAUAUUUUCUUGAAGUGAAUUUAGUGUGGCCCCAUUAUCCAUGCACUAGCAGUGUUAAAAACAUUUUAUACUGUGCAGCCGCAGGGAAUAUUUUCUCACUUAGGUCUUUGAGGUAGACAUCCACUCUCCCCAUGCUCUCUGUGUGUGUGUGUGUGUGUGUGUGUGUGUGUGUGUGUGGUAUUUUGAAAUGCUCUUUAACAUGCUCUAUGUAAAUGAAACAGUAAAGUAGCGUUUGAGAGAUACUGAUGUCCUGUGACCUCCUCUCUGCAUGCAGCCGACUACAAAGAAAGCUUCAACACCAUCGGGAACAUUGAGGAGAUUGCCUACAAUGCCGUCUCCUUCACCUGGGAUGUCAACGAGGAGGCCAAGGUAAGGAGACACAUGACUGUUGUAUAAAGGUGCUUCAACAGAAGUGGCAACUUGCUCUCAGUACCAUACAGGAGACGGUGAUAUGAAAAAGUUAACAAGAGAAAACAUUUCUAGGGUCCUAAAUCUUUGGAGGAUGUUGGAAUACAGUAUGUGGGAAAUAAUGAGUUCCAUCGUACCUGUGGUGCCAUUAUCCACUCUGUUGGUCUGCCAGAAACAGGUCUACAGACAGACCAUUAUCCGCUCCCUUUUGGUCUGCCAGAAACAGGUCUGUUUCUGGCAGACCAACAGAGUGGAUAAUGGUCUGUCUGUAGACCUGUUUCUGGCAGACCAACAGAGUGGAUAAUGGUCUGUCUGUAGACCUCUUUCUGGCAGACCAACAGGGAGCGGAUAAUGGUCUGUCUGUAGACCUGUUUCUGGCAGACCAACAGGGAGCGGAUAAUGGUCUGUCUGUAGACCUGUUUCUGGCAGACAAACAGCGACCAGUCUCUGAGUGUUUCUCGUUCGAGGUGGCCCUGUAAUCCUGAUAGUACUGUAGGUGUGACACACUGGGCCACUCUGAGGGACAGAAAGGAGCAGCUCAGGUUUCAGCUCAGAUUUCAGCUCUGAAAGAGACCCAGCUUCAGGCUCCAGCUCUCUAGAUAAAUAUUGACCGUUCAGGAGGGCCUCUGUUGAAACAGCCUACAACUAUUAGUAGCUUGUUGGUCAUGUGAUUGGGACAUAUAUUAUUUUGCAUUGUUUAAAGGAUGUAUGUUAUUUACAAAGGAAAUCAAUCUUUCCUAAAGGCCUCCCUAUAUUGUGAGUGGGUCAGACAUGCGGUUGUUUUGUUCUCAGCUAUUAUAUUUGUACUCUGUUAUUGUCUGUUGAUGAGCGGUACCAGAUGAAUUUAAAUGCUUUACAGUUGAUAGAUCACACAGUUCUAAGCAAACUGUCUGAACUCUCAGAGCAUGUAGGGUUCAGACCAAACUGUCUGAACUCUUAGAGCAUGUAGGGUUCAGAGCAAACUGUCUGAACUCUUAGAGCAUGUAGGGUUCUAACCAAACUGUCUGAACUCUUAGAGCAUGUAGGGUUCAGAGCAAACUGUCUGAACUCUCAGAGCAUGUAGGGUUCAGAGCAAACUGUCUGAACUCUUAGAGCAUGUAGGGUUCUGAGCAAACUGUCUGAACUCUUAGAGCAUGUAGUGUUCAGAGCAAACUGUCUGAACUCUUAGAGCAUGUAGUGUUCAGAGCAAACUGUCUGAACUCUUAGAGCAUGUAGGGUUCUAACCAAACUGUCUGAACUCUUAGAGCAUGUAGGGUUCUGAGCAAACUGUCUGAACUCUUAGAGCAUGUAGGGUUCAGAGCAAACUGUCUGAACUCUUAGAGCAUGUAGGGUUCAGAGCAAACUGUCUGAACUCUUAGAGCAUGUAGGGUUCAGAGCAAACUGUCUGAACUCUUAGAGCAUGUAGGGUUCAGAGCAAACUGUCUGAACUCUUAGAGCAUGUAGGUAGGCUGUAGUAGUAUGUUUUGUGGAGACUGUAUUGGCAUCAGGUCAGGAGUGUGUGUAUGAGUCAGUGGUGUAUGACAGACAGGGAUAGAGUGGAGACAUGAUGUUAAAGGGUCAGUGUUGCUGAAAACAAACACAUUCCCUCCCUGAUCCCUCAGUCUCCACUACCUCUCUACCCCUCCACCUCUCUACCCUCCCCUGUCCCCUCCACCCUCCCCUCCACCCUCCCCUGUCCCCUCCACCCUCCCCUGUCCCCUCUACCCUCCCCUCUACCCUCCCCUGUCCCCUCCCCUGUCCCCUCCACCCUCCCCUGUCCCCUCCACCCUCUACCCUCCCCUCUCCACCCUCCCCUGUCCCCUCCACCCUCCCCCCUCCCCUGUCCCCUCCACCCUCUAA